GUAAAUAAAACAUUUGAUAAUAGAAGUAGAAAAUUGUAGAGAAAUCUCUAGUUUUGAUUGAUAAUAUUUUGAUUAAAAAUAAUAUUGUGAUGUUCAAUUGGGGAAAUAAUCUUUUGGUACUUUUUUAGGUAGUCCCAAGUCGGUUUGGUCAUUCAGAUAAGAAGACUAACAAUCACAUAGUCUCUUUGUUUUAUCCUUGCACUCUCUAUUUAUAAGUCUAUACCGAUAAGAAAGGGUCUAAGAUUUAUAUCCAUGAAGUGAAAUUGAUCAGUAUUAUCCACCACCAUCAAUGGCAAGCAAUCAAGCAACCAAUUCUAUUGUUGUAAUCUCACCUCAAUAUUGCGCACUAUAUCCAGUGGAACUUUAUACUGCCAAGGAGGUUGAAAAAGUAACAGAAGAUAGGUAUUUAGGAGCUUUUGAUAUCAAUGGAAAUAAUAUCUUCAAAGUUAAAACCAGUGGCUACUUCAGUAGUCGCCUUAUCCUUGUCGAUGCUGCGGGAGUUCCUGCCGUAUCUCUAAAACCAGUGAAAUUCUCUUGUCAUCGGAGGUGGAAAGUAUAUAGAGGGGAUAGCUCAGAGCCAAGAGAUCUAUUGUUUACUGUAAAGAAAUCUCAGUAUCUACAAUGCAAGAUUAAAUUGGAUGUCUUCUUAGCAUCUAACACAACUAAAGAUAUAUGUGAUUUUAAAAUUAAACAAACCUAUAAUGAGAAAUCUUGUGUCAUCUAUCGAGGGAACUCAGGCAACAUUAUUGCUGAGAUGCACAAGAACAAGGCUGUCCGAGAUAAAGUUCGUGGGAAGGACACAUUCUCAGUCACCGUCUCCCCGAAUGUUGAUCAUGCAUUUGUUAUUGCCAUGGGUGCGGUUCUCAAUGAGGUUAAUACGCCUAGUAGUUGCAGCUGCUGUUGCUGUGUUGCUGGACUGGUGGAAUUUGUCGGGGCGGCGGCUGGUAGCUGAUCAUGUCAAUGCAAGGUGGGGGUGGAUGUUAUUAUUGGCCGACCUUAAGGGAGGCCUUCUAUGUGAUGACAAAUCUGCACUUUGUCGGUCACACAAAAUGUCCCAAGUUUUUGAAAUUGAAAUUUCAAAUAUCACAAUUGAGGUUAUUUUUGGUGUGAUUAAUCAAAUUGAUGACAAAUUCCAGUAGAA